AUGUUGUCAGUUUUAGCAUUAAUAAAGCUGACCAAAGAUACGUUUGAAGUUUAUGCAGAAUGUUUCUUUAUCUUUAUAUAUUUGGUUAUAGUGAUUAGUGCGACCCUAGUUAGUCAGGUAGUGGUCAAACCUGUCGAUCAGGUGAGCUCAGAUGUGGGCGGACUGGUGGAGCAGAUGGGCGUGAUGGUGGGUCAGUUGGUAGAGGAGUAUCACACUGGUUGUCACCUGCUGCUCAUCACCGGUACACGACACUCACUCCUUACCUCCACAAUACUCAGAUACCUACAUGAAGGUGUUGUGCCUAUCGCUGUAGCAGAAAUAGGGUUGAUGUUCUACCAGGAUCAGUUGGCCCAGACUCAUCUCCUCAAGAUGCUGUGGGGCGACACCAAAACUACCUGCCGGGGACUCAUUCUCGACUUUACUAUCACCUAUAGUAUCGAUCUCACUCUUAGAUUGUUGGAAGCGGCAGGUUUAUGGAUGUUACCAGAGACAGUGGUUGUGGUGGUGGAGGAGGAUGGAGUAAAGGACGUGCUUCUCCACCACAGUUUCCGCAACACUGUCAAUGCCCUGUACCUCACCCUCCACGAUCUCACUCUCCACGAUCUUUCCCAUCAUAAUCUCACCCUCCACGACCCACAACGACACCACUUUGCUCGCCUCAGAAGAGGCCUUACACUAAAAGACCAAUUUCAGAAUUUCAUGGGUCACAAGAUUAAGUUCAUUGUGAUGCGGAACCUCCCAUAUUCUGAUUACCAACCUCUGAGUGACCAGCCAAGUUCUCUAGUUACUUACAGAGAUUGUGUUGACGCUAGGCUCGUUUCUGUCAUCUCUCUUAAGCUCAACUGCAGCAUCGAGGUUCGUGAGACGAGUAAUCGAUCUUGGGGAUCUGAAACUGAAGGUAAAUUUAAUGGUAUGUUGGGAGAAUUUCAACGAGAGGAGGCUGAUUGUGGUGCACCUUUAGGACCAACAGCAGAGCGACUGCGUGUUAUGGAGUUUGUAAGUGGAUACGAGAUUGAUUCGUUGAGCUUAGUGUCACUGAAGGCCAAACAUCUGCCACAACACCUGUCAAUAAUACGACCUUUCACUGGUGAGUAA